UUUGAAAUCACGCAUGCACAACACCUAAAUACGUGUUUCAUGAAAGAUUGUCACUGUUGCUGCUCACUUUAGUCAGCUGGGACCCUACCGUGCAUUCUAUCAAUACAGCCUUCCCAAAUUCUACAAACUAGCAGCUUGAUGAACAGAUUAUCAAGUCUCCUAAACUUGACACUGAGGAGAGGAGACAGAGAAACGAAGGGAGACUGUAUAGAUUGCGAGGGAUUCACUCCCACUCUUUCAGUUUGAUGCAGGCUAACUUCACGCAUGCUGUUCAAUAUGUGUUCUGCUUUGUUUAUCUGUCUGCUCAUCCGAUUGUCUAAAAACAUUGGCGGGCUCCUGAGAAGCCACUCAGCUCUUCAGACUCAGAUUUAUUGGUUACUAUGAGUGAGAGCAUAAAAGUUGUGUGCCGUGUGAGGCCACUUAAUGAGCAAGAGAAAGCAAACGACAGCAAGUUUGUGGUGUCAUUCCCCGGUGAUGGAGACACAACUGUAUUUCUUGGGGGUAAAAUGUUUAGCUUUGAUCAUGUAGUUCAGCCGAAGGCAUCUCAGUUAGAGGUGUACGAAGUUGUGGCCAAGCCUAUUGUUGCAGAUGUGUUGAAUGGAUAUAAUGGAACAAUAUUCGCCUAUGGUCAAACAUCGAGUGGAAAGACUUAUACUAUGGAGGUGACCCAGUUUUUCAAGGUGUUAUCCCGCGGAUAGUUGAUGAUAUAUUCAACCAUAUAUACCAAAUGGACGAGAACUUGGAGUUCCACAUUAAGGUUUCUUACUUUGAAAUAUACAUGGAAAAAAUCCGUGAUCUGCUUGAUGUUUCAAAAACAAACCUACCGGUGCAUGAGGACAAAGACCGAGUUCCUUACGUGAAAGGUAUCACGGAAAAGUUUGUUUCCACUCCAGAAGAGCUUUUCAAAGCGAUUGACGAGGGGAAGGCUAACCGUCAUGUAGCCGUGACGAACAUGAAUGAGCACAGUUCUCGAAGUCACUCAGUUCUCCUGAUCAAUGUUCGACAAGAGAACUUGGAAACUCAAAAGAAACUACAUGGGAAACUUUAUCUUGUUGACUUGGCUGGUAGUGAGAAAGUUGCGAAGACAGGCGCUGAGGGUACUGUGUUGGACGAAGCCAAAAAUAUUAACAAAUCACUUUCUGCUCUUGGUAAUGUGAUCAAUGCACUUGUGGAAGGAAGCUCUCACGUCCCUUAUCGUGACUCUAAACUAACUCGCAUUCUUCAAGAAUCUCUUGGAGGGAAUGCACGAACAACUAUGGUGAUCUGUUGUUCUCCUGCUGGUUAUAAUGAAGCCGAAACGAAGUCGACCCUAAUGUUCGGUAUGCGAGCCAAGACCAUCAAGAAUCUGGUAACGGUGAACGAAGAAAUUACGGCUGAUGAAUGGCGUAGGAGGUAUGAGCAAGAAAAAGAGAAGGUUUGUAAAUCACAUACUAUUGUAAGUCAUCUGGAGAGUGAAUUAAAACGUUGGCGAGCAGGUGAAACUGUUAGUGAAGCUGAUUGGUUCACGGAAAGUCAAUAUGCUGGUGCCCUAGAUGAUACAAGAGAUUCGACAACUACAUCCAGUGUCCCCAGUACACCUAUGCUAGACAGCGUCACUACUUCCACACCACGAUCUGCUGCUCUCACAAAUGCAUCUCCAGCGAAAAAUGUUGGAGAUAUACAAUUACAGUUGCUUUAUCAACAACUUGACGACAAAGAUGAUGAAAUAAGUAAACAAGCUGAGACAAUAGCACGUCUUCGACAGCAAAUUGAAGAGCAAGAUGUGAACAAUUCUCUGCGUACAGAACGUGAGGGACAUUUCACAGCUCUUCAGGCAAAAUACCAGUCGAGGAAAGAUGAAGCGAAAGAAGUCCUGCAAGCCUUAGAAGAAUUAGCAAUGAAUUAUGACCAAAAGGCUCAGGAGAUUAAUGCGAAAGCGAAAGAACUUGAAGAGACUCAGGAAACCUUGCUACUACAAACCAGUUUAAUGCAUAGUAAAGACUGUGAACUGUCACAGUUGAAGGAUGCACAUGAAAAUCAGAAGAAGAAAUAUGCUGAAAUGAUGUCUAGCCUGUUGAAGGAUCUAAUUGAUGUUGGUGAAUGCUUGAAUGAUCGAAUCACGAAACCAUCCGUUGGUUCUGAACGAUUAGAUGAAGAGUUUACUGUUGUUCGUUUGUAUAUAAGUAAGUUGAAAACUGAGGCGAAAUUACUGCACUCACGUGUACGUCAACUGGAAGAGGAAUGUGUGCAACAUGUACAGUUAGUGCGUAAGAGUGAUGAUGAAUCUAAAGAUCUUCGAAGACAACUUCAUGCUUUUGAGGUGAAAGUUGGCGCCCUAAGCGAUAAAAUUGACGAGUCAGAAUCACGUAAGCGUCAAUUGCAGGAGACAGUGGAUAGCUUAAAUGCGGAGUUGGCAAAACUACGCGCUAAUGAACAAUUGAUCGCCAUAUCUGGUCAACAAAAUGAACAAAUAAUAGCUGAUCAGUCAGCGUUACGAGCAAAAUUAGAUGAAGAGUUUAAACGACAAUCAGAGUAUUAUGCUGCUCAGGUGAAAUCUCUUCGUGAUGAAUUAGACGAGAAACAGAAGAAGUUGGAAGAAUAUAAAGAUGAAGCUAAUACUUUCAAAUUCCAAUCCGAGAAAUCACAAGAGGAGGUGAAACAGUUACGUGAAGAAUUGGAGACAAAGACCAAACGGCUAGACGUAUUUGAGAAGACAGCUGAAAAACGUGAACAGGCCAAACAAGAUCUGCGUGGUCUAGAAGAGACAGUCACCAAAGAAUUACAAACUCUACACAAUUUACGACGAUUAUUCAUCGAAGAUCUGAAUAGUCGAGUUAAAAAGUCUGCAAAUGGUGUGAAUGAACUUACAGUGACUGAAAAGGACGCAGGUAACCAGGAAGGCGGCAAUAUGGCCAGUCAACAACAAAUCUCCGAAAGUCUAUUCAUGGAGGGUGAUGACGAUGAACCAGGUGAAGCUGGCUCACUGGCUCAAAGGCAAAAAUUUGCCCUCCUUGAAAAAGAUCAUGAUAAAUUAACUAAAGUGCGUAGACAGCUUUUGCAUGACAACGCGGAGCUACGUUGUGAACUUUCUAAAGUGGAAAAACGUCUUGAGUGUACUCUGGAGCGUGUACACAGCUUAGAGUUAUCAUUGAAAGAGGCUAAGGAAGGGGCUAUGCGUGAUCGUAAACGCUAUCAAGUUGAAAUUGAACGUAUCAGAGGGGUUGUCCGUCAACAGAAUAUCACUGGACGUCGUGGUCAAUCACAAAUCGCUAAACCUAUACGUGCUGGACAUCCACCAGUGUCCACUGCUGGCGGUGGUGGUGAUGGGACAGUAGUGACACGAUCACAUAUUCCAGGGUCAUCAUAAUCUCUCAUAUACCCGUAGUGAUGAUUAUUUUUCUAUAUAUGUACAUAUGCUUUCUUCAGAGUUUCAUCUAAGUAGACUGUUGGUGAAGAGCCCCUUAUGCUGCGUAUGGACGCGCGUGCAUUUGUGUGUGUGUAUGAAUAGGUAUUAACAAAGAUAUCAAGCCCUUAGCAGAAAGUUAUGCGAGUACUAUUCCACAGACCUGUGUCUUUGUGUGAUGUUAUGUGCUAUUUGAUUUUUCUCUAUCUUUAUAAUAUAUAUUUUAUCUCACAUGGUGUUUUU